UUGGGAGGUGGGCUUGGCUUGGCGUGCACUCCGCACCUCGGGAACGUUUUUGCGCGUGGAACGUCUGCUUUUGGCAGACUAUUGCCCAGAAGAAAAGAUGUUUGGUUUUCACAAGCCAAAGAUGUACCGAAGUAUAGAGGGCUGCUGUAUUUGCAGAGCUAAAUCCUCCAGUUCUCGAUUCACUGACAGUAAACGCUAUGAAAAGGACUUCCAGAGCUGUUUUGGGUUACAUGAGACUCGUUCAGGAGACAUCUGUAAUGCCUGUGUCCUGCUUGUGAAAAGAUGGAAGAAACUGCCAGCAGGAUCAAAAAAAAACUGGAAUCAUGUGGUAGAUGCAAGGGCAGGACCCAGUCUAAAGACUACCCUGAAACCAAAGAAAGUGAAAACUCUAUCUGGAAACAGGAUAAAAAGCAACCAGAUCAGUAAACUGCAGAAGGAAUUUAAACGUCACAAUUCUGAUGCUCACAGUACCACCUCAAGUGCCUCUCCAGCUCAAUCUCCUUGUUAUAGUAACCAGUCAGAUGAUGGCUCAGAUACAGAGAUGGCUUCUGGCUCUAACAGAACGCCAGUGUUUUCCUUUUUAGAUCUCACAUACUGGAAAAGACAGAAAAUAUGCUGUGGCAUUAUCUAUAAAGGCCGUUUUGGGGAAGUCCUCAUCGACACACAUCUAUUCAAGCCUUGCUGCAGCAAUAAGAAGGCAGCUGCUGAGAAGCCGGAGGCUCAGGGGCCAGAGCCUCUGCCCAUCUCCACUCAGGAGUGGUGACUGAGGUUGAUGUAGAAGGGGAACAAAAAAUGAGUUAAAUUUUGGAAAACACCAGCAAAAUGACCCUCCUAUUUUUAACUUGGAUACCUGUUAUUCUGCCAAAAGAUGAUUUCUAGAAUAGUUUUGAGUGGGUUAUUUUCCCUCCAGUUCCACAAAGUCUGAAGCCAGUAUCUAGCUUACUAAAAGGAAAAAAAGAAGUGUACAUAAUAUUUAAGAUGCUGAGUAUUUCAUAGGAAAGCUGAAUGCUGCUGUAAAGUGCUCUUUAAGGCUUUUUUUAAAAAAUCCCCUUCUAAUGAAUGAAAUUAGGGGAAUUUCAGGGGACAGAGAUGGGAUUUGUUGUAUGAUAAACGUAUGUAGUUUUAGUCUUUCUAUAUUGAGAAGCAGUGGUUGGGGCAUUUUUUAAGAUGGCUGGCUACACUUGUUUUCCUUCGUUAUAAUAAAUUUGUCAUAACUCAGUAAACACAGACUUGCCCCUAGAGGUAGUUGUUAAUAACUUUGAAAUAUUACGGUGUUGCCAAGGUUCUGAUGAUUCAAACCUGUACUACUGAAUAUUAAGCGGGACGGACGAAGCUCUCUAGUGCGAAUAUCUUGAAGGAGUAAUUUCUAAAUAUACAGAGGUAACUUGACUGUAUAUGUUGCAUCCUGUGUCACCUCCCUCCAUAUUGAUAUUUGAUAAAGUUUUUAAUUUAUAUGAAACUUCUAAAGCAGAAUCAAAGUUCCUCUUGGGGAAAUGUCAAAUCUUUAGGAUAGGCAAUCCUAUAUGAAUAGUACCAAAGCAUUACCCCUUGGUAGAGAAUGCACUCUAUUAAAAUGUUAAAUGAUCUGAAAAAUAAAAUGUGCAAGUCUUCAGGAUGGCACAUGAAAAAAACAAAGGUUAAUGCUUCUUGGGGCACAUUUCUUAGAGGGCUUGCAAGUGUGUAAAUAAUUUGUUUAUGUUACAUGACUGGUGACUUCAAUGAAAAUCUGCACAAUUCAGUUUUAGCUCUGGAUUACUUCGGUUGACCUUUGUGAAGGUUUUAUCUG